AGUGAGAGAGAGCGAGCUACAGAGAGGAGGGAGGGAAGCAGGAGAGAGCGUGUGUGCCUGCGCGUGCGUGCCUCAGUGUGUGCGCGUGGACUGCACCACCGCAUCCCGCUCACCGUUUCUGCAGGCGGCCAUGCUCUGAUGGCGAGAAUAAAAUUGACAGGCUUUUCUUUUCCCUCAGAUCGAUCCACCGCCGUGUCAUUCCAGAUGUGACUGACAAGCCGUUUUAUGUGGCCCGCAUUGAGUCCUGCGCUGUUCAUCUCGGAGAGACUGUGACACCAUGGCUUUGGUUAUGGAACCUAUAAGUAAAUGGACACCAAAGCAAGUUCUGGAUUGGAUGAAAGGUCUGGAUGACUGUCUCCAGCAGUAUGUGAAGAGUUUUGAGCGGGAGCAGAUGGGGGGCGAGCAGCUGCUGCACAUCACCCAUCAGGAGCUUGAAGAGCUGGGUGUCACCAGAAUAGGACAUCAGGAGCUCAUCCUGGAAGCCGUCGACCUCCUCUGUGCCCUGAAUUACGGCUUAGAGACAGAGAACCUCAGGACUUUGUCCCACAAGCUGAACGCUUCAGCUAAGAACCUCCAGAACUUCAUCCUGGGCCGGCGGAGGGGUGGGCACUAUGAUGGACGGGCUUCUCGGAGACUACCCAAUGAUUUCCUCACGUCAGUGGUGGAUCUGAUUGGUGCAGCCAAGAACCUUCUAGCCUGGCUUGACAGGUCUCCAUUUGCCAGUGUGACGGAGUAUUCAUUACUGAAGAACAACAUUGUGCAGCUCUGCCUAGAAUUAACUACAAUUGUACAACAGGAUUGCACUGUGUACGAGACAGAGAAUAAGAUUCUCCAUGUGUGUAAGACCUUAGCAGGGAUUUGCGACCACAUCAUCUCUCUGUCAUCAGACUCUCUGGUCUCUCAGUCUGCCCAUCUAGAGGUGGUCCACCUCACCAGCAUCAUGCCCAAUGAAGGGCUGGGGAUGUAUAUCAAAUCAACAUAUGACGGACUCCACGUUAUCACCGGAACCACAGAGAACUCUCCGGCAGACCAGUGUAAGAAGAUCCACGCAGGUGACGAGGUGAUCCAAGUCAACCACCAGACAGUGGUGGGCUGGCAACUGAAGAACCUUGUGAACGCUCUGAGGGAGGACCCAUGUGGAGUCAUCCUCACGCUGAAGAAAAGGCCCCAGAACACCCUGAGCUCAACGCCGGCUCUGCUCAGGAACGUCCGCUGGAAACCACUGGGCCUGCAGCCGCUCCCCACCAGUCCCACCAGCACCUCCCCUACACCUGGUGGAACUUUAGGCAUGUCCAAAAUGGACGGCCCCAGCAUGCAGGACGUCUAUAUCCUCUCACCUGUCUCUGGACUCUACAGCACCAGAGAGGAAAUGGGUCUGAUGUCAUGUGACGACAUCAGCCGCUACAGUGUGAGCUCCCAGUCUGGAUCCAAAGGCUCAGAGGCUGUCAGCUACUACCUGGACCAGGACAGUGGUCAGUACUUCUCCUUGUUAGAGGGAGAUGGACCCCCAGGGCCUGACUACGACAGGGGCAGGAAUACAGGGGUGCGCCGGAGGGACAAAACCCCCACUCAUGGUGACCUCAGACCAGUUUCCAUGCCUCCCGAAUAUAACUGGAUGGCAGAGGCCAAGGAACCCAGCAUGGGCAAGAGAGGGAGCCGAGAUUCAGACAACUCCCUGCUGCGUUACCUUAGCGAUGACAAGAUCCUGGUGAUUGAGGAGGAGCCCGAGGGUCCGGGAAGAGAGAGUCGACGGGAUUCCACCAGACGCUCGCGACGCAAGAGCCGCAAUCCCAGCAGCCCCAGCUUUCCCAUCAGUCCCUCCAUGCUGUCGUCAACCCUGCGCUUAGACCAGCCGCUUGAUGCUCUGCCUCGAGGUGCAGAUACACUGCGAGCAGACACAACAGACAGGUACUCGGGCUCAGGAAGCUCAGGAGCAGCCUCCAUGAGGAAGUCUUUCCAUUACACCUCGCUAAGAACGAAAACCAAAAAGAGAAGUAAAGGUUCUCUCACUAGCGCGAGUAGAAGGAGAAUCUCGUGUAAGGACCUGGGCCAUGGUGACUGUGAGGGCUGGCUGUGGAAGAAGAAAGACGCCAAAGGCUACUUCACUCAGAAAUGGAGGAAGUACUGGUUCAUCCUCAAAGAGUCCUGCCUCUACUGGUACACCAACCAAAACGAUGAGAAAGCUGAGGGCUUCAUCAGCCUCCCUGAGUUCAGAAUAGACCGAGCCAUAGAGUGCAGACGGAAAUUUGCCUUCAAAGCCUGUCAUCCCAAAAUCAAGAGCUUCUUCUUCGCCACAGAUUGUCUUGAGGAAAUGAACAGGUGGAUGAACCGACUGGGGCUCGCUGCUAUUGGUUACACACCAGAUGACAAGGUGCCACGCCCAGACGAAGACUACUGGAGUGAGAGCGAUCAAGAUGAGGUCGACGGCUCAAUGACGCUCAAACAGGAGGGACCGCCAUCCCUCUGUGAUACUUAUCAUCGCACGCCAUCAACUAACCUCCUCCACAGUUAUGACCAGUUGCCCCGCUCAGUCAGCUCCAUGAGCCUCAUGCGCUCCACUCCGUCCCCACGCCCCCAACCAAUGAGUGCCUCCACCUCCCCAAUCCCUCCACAGAUGGUCUCUACCACCUCCCCUCUCCCUCUCCAGGUAAAUUCUUCUAGCCCCUUCCCCGAACCCAAGCAUGGUCGGCAUUUCUCCAGCGAGUCCACACACUCCCACUCCUCAGCUGAGGACCAGCGUGGAGAUGGCAUGGGCAUGGGCACUGGCACAGGUAGCACCAGUACACACUCAUCCGGCUGCCGUUCUUCCCAUCGUGAGCGUCGCUCCUGGCAGGACCUCAUUGAGACCCCGCUGACCAGUGCAGGGCUGCACUUCCUCCAGACUGCGCCCGGAGAGACUGAUUAUGGAGGCCUAAUGGGGAGCAUGGCAGGAGAAAUGGGGCUGUACGGAGGGCUGGGCAGGCAGGGCAUGUCCCCGGAGAGACGCAGGCAGGCCACCCUGCCUGUACGGAGACACCACGCCGCAGAGAGGGACAGGGAGCGGGACGGACCCUUCCCUCUGGAGCGGGGGCCACAUACACAUAGUUACACACACCGGCGCUCUCACAAGCAGCGGAGUCAGAGCCUGCCCAGGAACAGAGACCCGAUGCUAGGGAAGCUGCUGCACACCUCGGCUCAUAUGGAGGAGAGGAGUGAAGAUGAAGAGGGAGAAGUGCAGGCUGCAGAUAUGCUCGAGGCUGAGGAGGACCUGCGGGAGUUGAGAGUUGAGAGCAGAGAGAGGAGGGUGUCAGAAGGAAGGGAGCGGCGGGUGUCAGAGGGCCGUGAGCCAGAAUCAUUAGAUGGUCUAGAGCAGCUGUACCGGGCCUUGGAGCAAGCUAACGUGACGGCCCUAGGAGACCCGAGACCUUGUAGCAGGCAAGAGCUGCGACGCUGUUUCACCCAGCGAGCCAGGGACCCUCUGCUCAACGACAGGCUACACCGGGUGCGAGCCCUCCGCAGCACCUUGAAGGCCAAAGAGUCGGAGCUGGCAGUGAUCUGUGCCCUCCUGGAGGACCCUGGCCUGUGCUCCCAGACCUUCAGAGAGUGGAAGCAGUGGCACAGCGAGCUCUACACAGACAUCUGCCAGCUCAGUCCUGGUACCAACGGCCAGGACGACCUCUCCCCGCUGGCCGCACCUCUCAUGACCCACACACACUCCUUCAUUGAGACACACGUGUGAGGAAGAGAGGGGAGGCAGAGACUGAACUGAGAUGCUGACACUCACUUACACACACACACGCACACACGCACACGCACACACACACACACACACACACACACACACACACACACAGCUUUACUUAGCCAAACCUCCUCUGAACACACUCACACAGAAACACAUACAGGAACACACAUUUUAAGAUGUGUAAAUAUCAUAGAGGGAACAGUCUGAGACCUGCGUGUAUGAACUUUUGAUAAUCUUGAGGACCCCAGAGGGUGCCUAUUGCAUGCCUGAACAGAAAGCAUUAAUCUUCCUUUGUCUAUGGAACUCAGCAUAAACUCCACGUGCUUGUCCAGCAAAAUGGAAAAAAAGGAGACUUUUUAACACAUUCAUUCCUUUGUAUUGGUUUUGUUAUUUUCUUCUGGUUGAUUUUAGGGGGCAGGGGGAGCUAUGUAGCAGCAAUACAGAGGAAAAUCCUUUUCACCACAGCACUGUACUUUUGUACUGAUGAACUUUGCACCCAGAGCCACCAGUUCUCCCCCUUUCUCUCUCUCUCUCUCUCUCUUUAUUUUUUUUUUCCUCUCACUGCAUAUCUCGCUGAUUUACAGGGACCUUACUGUUACUCCAGGACGAUCUGACGGGACAAUGUGGGGAAAGUAAGGGCAGUGACUAUGUGACUUUGGUGUAAAAAGACUGUGAAAGGUAGCCAUCGAUGUUGGUUUAUCUGUUUUAGCCGAUGUAACUGAGUGUCAUGAGUGUUGAGAAACCAUUGUGCCAGCUAGAUGCACGCUAUUUCAAACUGUGAACUGUAAAAAAACAAACACAUUUUUAUCUGCAGAAGGAGGCUCCUAUGAUAGAGCGCAAUCCUACAAUUUAAUUUGCAAUCUCUCUCCCUCUCUCUCAUCUCCUCCUUUCUCACAUGUUUCCUUUGUUUUGUUUCCUCUCUCUUUCUCUCUCUCUUGUCCUCAAAGACCUAUGUAUAUGUGUAUACUGAUGUAAAUGUUUGCAUUCCACUACCACUGUGAUAUGCUUCUAGAGGUAGCGGAGGGAAGACAGAGAGUAUGUAUUUGCGCAGGUGCAAAAAAUAUUUUCUUUUUUUUUUUAAUUUCUUUCUUUUCUUUUCCGUAAACAGUGAAUGCAAGAGCUAGCGAGUUCUUUUCAAGGGAGUCACUCACUACAAAGAAUGCACUUUCUACAUCUCAUUGGCUGCAUCACAGGGUCUAUGUCUCAUCGGCCUCUUUACCAUUGCUGUUCAAAAUAUCAGGUAAAAGCAUUUGCCGUCUCAUUUUCUAAAGAUUUGUGUACAGUCUACAAAUAUAUUUAAACAUAGAAGAAUAUAUAAAUCUAUUUACGUUUUGUGUCAUAGAUAUAAUGUAAAGUAUGAUGUAUUCUAUGCCAAGGUUUUGCAGUGUCCCCCUCUUCACUCUGUCGAUGCAGGGUGAUAAGCAUUUGAAUAACUAGGAGGCAAACGACAACCAUCAUCACUGACAGUUGAUUGACAGUUUUUACUGGUUUACAUCAUCUUCUCCUGGUGACGUGUUGCAUGAGAAAAGGCCUGGGACUGAUCUAAUUGGACAUGGUUAACUAUCAUGGAUCAUUUGUGAGUUCAUUUCUUUUUUUUCUUUUUAUCUUCCUCUCAUGAUUGCAACAUAAUUAGACUUGUAGCGCAUGAUACAUGCAAAAGUACUGUUGAAGAAAGAAUGACUUUGUUUGUUUAUCAAGUUUUGUUAUUUUUUUGAUUAGAUAGAGAUUUUGACACAAACUGUACAAUAACUGAGGGGAGCACUUUUGCUACUCUGUCAUUCAGUCUAAUGCAGAUCCUUCUAAAGCACCUAAGCUGCUGUAUUCAGUUUGACGCUUUGGUUUUCAUAGUGAGACGACCACACAUCCAAUGGUGACUGAGAGACAGCAGUACAAUUACAUCUCCUUUUAAUUCCCUCCUAGCACAUGGUUGAUACUGAGCCGGUCAAAGACAUUUACAUUCAUUGGUCUGUAAUGUCUGUGAUGCUUUAUCAAGCCAUGGACUCAGUGGUGCCUCCCAGUGUCAAAGACAUGUGUAGCACCUGCUGCAUCCAGCACUAGCUGUACUAACUCUUCAUAUUUUACUGUGUGUAGGUUCGGGUUUUUUCAUCAUGUCUCACUGUUGUGAAGUAUUGAUCACUCCCCCAGAUUUAUAGCUCAUGUUUUUUUUUUUUAUUCCAAGGUUAAUUUACGAGUAAACCACAAAGAAAACAAAAUGAUGCAAGCACUUUCCCUGUGCCUCCCAACCCUCUCUUUGGCAACAAUGGGCUGACUAUACUGGCGAUCCUACACACACACAGCUGUAGAAGAGCAAUGAUACAGUUUCAGUCUGCAGACCUCUCUCCGUUUCUCAUCUGUAGUGUUGGUCAAUAUGUUUUCUUACGUUAAAUGCUGCUGCUCCGCUGAGCAGGCAACAUACUGUAGAUGAAGGAGUUACGUGGGUUAUGAUUUGUAGGCACAGACUGUGUUAUCCCUCCCAGAUCUUUGUGUCCCAGAUCCUGCAGAAACAGGCCGAAAAGGGAGAUUCCACUGUGUGUUUUUUCAGGGGUGUACACCUCAUGGUACAUUGCACAGGUGUGUAAGAUGUAAGUUGCACUGCGACAUUAAAAAAGGAACAUAUUGCUCUUUUUCAAGGAUAAUAUUAGCUUACUGUUAUUCUGUACAUUAAAAAUGACUAAAGAUGAUAUUAAAAAAAGAAAGAAAAUGACAUUUAUUCUUCCUAAAGUAGCCUUUUUUGGUUUCAUAUAUAUGAAUAUAUAUUACAAAAAAAUACAGAUUGUAAACUUAAGUUGUUAAACUUUGACUUCAAUAAACUGAAUCCUCUGCACUAUGA